GCGCCGAGCUGGAGCAGUGCACGAAACGAGCUGCUCACCCUCCACCGUACAACCGUGAUAUCUGUAAGCUUGCUGCUGCCAGGACUGGUGAACUGGCGUGUGCAAAAAGGAGGGAAGGUGGAGGGGAAUACUAUUCUUUUUUUCACCUGGAUCAUAACUGAAUCCCUGACCAACUGGCACCCUGCGGAGGGACACGUUUCAAUUAUUUAUAUCGUUGCGCGUAAAGCCUGCGUGGAGGAGCCUUUCCCGUGUUUUUGCGAUCGGGAUUUGAGGUGAGAAUGGAGCUGCCUGCCGCCGGAGAGCACGUCUUUGCGGUGGAGGGCAUAGAAAAGAAGCGCAUUCGCAAGGGAAAGACGGAGUACCUGGUAAAGUGGCGAGGCUGGUCUCCUAAAUAUAACACGUGGGAACCCGAAGAAAACAUCCUUGACCCCCGGCUGUUGGUCGCGUUUCAACUCAGAGAGAGACAAGAGCAGCUGAUGGGAUACCGCAAACGAGGGCCCAAGCCAAAGCACAUGCUACUCCAGGUCCCAUCGUUUGCACGGAGGUCAACUAUCCCUGAAGCACUGGAAGAGUCCCCUCCCGAACCCGAGAUGAGCCCGAAGUCGGAUCCUGUCCCAGUGCAACGGUCUCAGCCGCAGCACUACCAGCUCAACAGUAAGAAGCACCACCAGUACCAGCCCAGCAGCCAGGAGCUUCCUGCUGACCAGAGCAUUGGAAAGAAGAAGUUUAUUUACCAGUUAAACAGCAAAAAGCACCACCAUUAUGAGCCUGACCCCAGCAUGUAUGACACCCAGUCCUCCAGGCUAAAGGAGGUGGUCAAAGUUCAGGAGGUGCCCAGUAAACCAUCCAAUCCUGGCUGGAAUUUACCGCUGGCCCUGCAACAGAAAUGGGUCAGAGAUAAAGACACAGGCUGCUUGAGCAAAGUGAAGGAGAUGGCAGUGGAGAUGAGAAAACCAGCUAAAGAGAUUGACACUGUUCAAGUACUGAAAUCAGAUCCUAAGGAUAUAAGCCUCCCCAGCACUAUUAGCAGUAAAAUGAAGAUAAUCAAGAAUAAAAACAAGAAUGGACGUAUUGUUAUUGUCAUGAGCAAAUAUAUGGACAGCAAGGUUAAUGGAUUAAAGACUAAACAUGGGGAAUCAUCAGGAGAAGAUAAAGGCAUGGAAAGCAACAAGCCCUUGGAAAACAGUCCACUGCAGAGAACCAAAGUAUCCGAGGCAUUCCACCCGGAUAAUGGAAAGUCUCCCCCAGCAGCCGAAAUCCCAAUCAAGUGUUCCCCAAAGGAUCGGCACUUUUCCAAACCAUCACCAAGUACAGCAGAGGAGUACAAUACAGAGGUGGCUCGUGGUCAAGCAGACUUACCGGACGACUUGCCCUUACAGCUGACCGCAAGCUCGCCUCCUGCCUCAUGGACAGUUGAUACUAACAUCCCCAUACCAACCGCUGUGGACCAGAUAAGGAUCCCCUCUUUUCCCAUAGACCGCAAACGUAAGCUGUCCGACCCAGUGGAGCAGAGGAACAUUACUAAAGCUUUCCUGAUGUCCCGGAGCCUCAGCAUGCCCAGUGCCGUCGCCAGUCCUCCUCAGGACACACCUAUGGACCUGCACUGCAGCCGAUCCCAUAACAGUGUGCGCACUUAUCAGACCACAGACAGCCAAGAUGAACCCAUAGACCUAAGCUGUCCAAAGAGUAAAAAAACACCUGAACUGGAAGUACAACCACAAGCAGAGCUGCAGUCUCAGCCUGAAGUCAGAGACCCUUCUCUAGUGGAUGCACUGAAACUCCCAGAGAAGGCACAAGAAGCACCAAAAACACCCUCCCCUUUUAUGGGGAAUAUUAUAAUUACUGACAUUACAACAAACAGUCUCACUGUCACCUUCAAGGAAUAUGUUUCUUUUUAAAAAAGACAAAAACAUUAAGGUCACCAGUGACUGCUAAACAGACAGUUAAUGUUAUGUGAAUAUGUAAAAUAUACAAAUUCUGGAUAUAUUGAAAUUCAUAAUUUAUAAUGCAAAAUUCAAUAUGUUUCUUACGUUUUAUACUGCAACUAUUCUGUGAUGUAGCCAAGAAAGUGCCCUCAAGAAUUUGAGUGAAUGCAUUCAUAUGGAUGCAUUCCACUUUUUAAUAUCAGCUUGUUAGUGACAUAUUAUCUUGGUAGGAGUCUUGUAUGAAAUGUAUAACCCUUACCAGAGAUAUGAAGUUUCAUAACUAUUUUGUAUAAAUAAUAUUAACCUGUUUUGGUCCUAUAUGAAAGGAAAUGGUUGAGUAUGUUGAUCAAAGAUCAAACUGAAAGCACUUAGUUGCAUUAAUCAUUUUUAAAGUCAUGAAACCACUAGUGUGAGUUGAAUUGGUUGUCCUCCUUGAGAUUGGUGUUAAGUUGUCAUCCCUACAAAUACAUUUGUUUUGCCAAUUUUUUAUUAGCAAAACAUGAACAUUUCUGCUUGCCUGCUCAACCUUCAUUGAUGUUUAAAGGAAAAUUAAGGCAUGUACAUUCUCAAGUCAGGUCUUAUUCAAAAACUGGUGUCAUUUAUCAAACUCACUCUUGUUAAGAAAAGCUAUUGAUUCUCCCCAUAAUGAGGCUGUGAUUUAUGACCUUGUUAUGGACCUUACAACUGCUGGAGUUACUUUGAAAAGUAGUAGUUCUGUAGGAAUGCCUAAAAUGUUACAGCGAUUAGCGCUUUAAUCAUCUCAUUUUGAAGUUAAAUAUAUGCUCUGAAGAAUAUGUGAAUGCUUUAUGUUUAGAACAAGCUACCAGGGUUCCUACAAAUGAACUUGUACUGUUUUUUUAGUUUAAGCUGUGGAACACAUUUAUUUUACUGUUGUUUCCAUUUUGCUGCUUAUAGUUCAGUUUUAGUUGGAGGUAAAAUGCUGGAUGUAAACCCACAUUUGAAUUUGAAUUGCCUUCUACGCACAGUUAAUGCAAAGCCAGUAUGAAUGCAAAAUUGCUAUGAAAACAUAUUUUAUUGAGGUUUAAUUUGUUCUAAACAAACACAAUGUUCUCUGCAUCAGAAGCUGAAAGUGAUUAACUAGGCUGCUUGGCUUCUGCACAUUUAGAUUGUGUACUAUGUCAUUGUUAAUCUUUUGCUUUUUUCGUUACUUUGCACUUGGUCCAAUGUCAAAAUGAUUGUUCUGAAGUAUGUUUUCAAAGACAGCUGGUGUUGGCACAGCUUAGGCCUAUUGGGUGCUGUCUUAC